AUGUCCAACAUCGCCCACCUCCAGUCUCACAACCCCAAGACUCGCAUCGAUGCCAUCCAGGUGCACGAGAAUGACAUCGCCGAGCUGGUGAUCAUCAGCGAGCCUGGUGUUGGCAAGCAGAUCGUUUUCGAUGUCCGUGACAUUCUGAUGAUGGACACCGACGUGUCGGUCAAUGCGCGCAUCAUGCUCGAGGAGCUGGCCCUCCGGUCGCUGGUGUACCGCAAGGUGGAGCAGAGCCCGGUUCUGCUGGCAUCCGACGGGACGGACAUCGCCUGUGUGCAAACCCCCUCGGUGUCCAUUGAGGCGGUCCCUCGUUACGACCGCGGCACGUCGCAGUGCGACGGCAAGACCAUCGACUACUACGUGUCGGAUGAGUACAAGCGGACGGUCAUCGAGGCCAUGUCGGACUUCCAGCUGGUGGACAUUGUGAUGACCCAGCCGCUGGUCAGCGUGAUGGCCUCCGGUCGCGAUACCAAUGUCCUGGCUUCCUUCUCGCUGCAGCCGCUGACGAACCUGGUGUUCACGCGCGACCAGCAGAUCGUCACCCAGCGCGGUGUGGUCCUGGCCCGGCUGUCUUCCGAGCAGCGUCAGAAGGAGAUCGAAAUCAUGGAGUUCUGCUUCCAGAAGCUGGGUAUCCCCAUUGUCGGGCGCAUUCCCGAUGAGGGGCGCCUUGAGGGCGGUGACUUCUUCAUGGCCGGCCCGGAUCUGGCCCUGGUUGGCAUCGGUCUCCGGUCCAACAUCCAGGCCAUCAACUACCUGAUGGACAAUGAUCUGCUCGGUGUUUCCUCGCUGGCCGUGGUCCGGGAUGACAUCGACCGGUCGCAGGACCGCAUGCACCUGGAUUGUGUCUUCAACAUCCUCGAUGACAAGCUGGUCCUCCUGCGGUCGGACAUUGCCAUUGAGGACUCUCCCAUCCCGCGCAUGGUCGACCUGUACGUCCAGGACCCGGUCACCAAGAAGUACUCUCUGGACCCGGCCACCACCAAUGUCCCGUUCGUCACCUUCCUCAAGGGGCGCGGCUUCGAGAUCAUCGAGGUGACUCCGGAGCAGCAGGCCGCCUACGGGUGCAAUGUCCUGAACAUGGGCAAGGGCAACAUCCUGGCCGUGCACGAGAAGGUGGCCCGCAACAUCGCCAGCCACCGGUCCUUCCGGGGGACGGUCCAGUGCAUGGAUUUCUCGGCCAUCACCUCCAUGUAUGGGGCUGUCCACUGCGCGAGCCAGGUGGUUCGUCGGCGCUCCCGAAACGACGAGUGA